AUUUACCAGUGUCCCUUAUCUGUGCUCUUCAGUGUACCAUGUGCAUGGGUGGCUUCCUUCUCAAAGGAUAUUUCAAUAAAAGAAGACAGAGGAGCGGAAGGCAUCUCUAUGGACUCUAUGAAGUACACUAUUUUAGGAUUUGGGAGACAUAGGCAUUGUCUCCAUCUUAAACAAGAAGAAACUUGUCCAGACUGACUUAUGAAUUUGCCCAAGCUAACCUGACUAGGAGAAUAGAUCUUGUUCCUCUUCUUUGUAUUAUCUUCUUCAUAACUACAAAUCAUGGGGGAUAAAGAUAAAACAAUUGAAUGUCAAGAUUCAGAACCAUCCACAGGGAUGAAUCAUACAACCUCUGUGUAUCAAGAAACACAGGAAGAGACGGUCAUGAACCUUAAAGGUACAGAUGGAAAUGAACCAACAGAAGGAAGCAACCUGUUACACAGCAGUGAAAAAAAGCUACAAGAAAUACCAACUGAAUCAAGUGGUUUGCAGAGGCUGAGACAGAUAUUGGCUUGCCCUCCACAUGGUUUACUGGACAGAAUCAUAACAAACGUUACCAUGGUUGUUCUUCUGUGGGCUGCAGUUUGGUCAGUUACUGGCAGUGAAUGUCUUCCUGGAGGAAAUUUAUUUGGAAUUAUAAUCCUAUUCUAUUCUACCAUCAUUGGAGGUAAACUUUUUGGGCUCAUUAAGUUACCAACACUGCCUCCUCUUCCUCCUCUUCUUGGCAUGCUGCUUGCUGGAUUUCUCCUCAGAAAUAUUCCAGUCAUCAGUGAUAAUGUACAGAUCAAGCACAAGUGGUCCUCCUCUCUGAGAAGCAUAGCCCUGUCUAUUAUACUGGUUCGUGCUGGCCUUGGUCUAGAUUCAAAGGCACUGAAGAAGUUGAAGGGUGUGUGUGUACGACUGUCCAUGGGUCCCUGUCUCGUGGAGGCAUGCACAUCUGCUCUUCUUGCCCACUUCCUAAUGGGUUUACCUUGGCAGUGGGGAUUUAUACUGGGUUUUGUCCUAGGAGCCGUGUCUCCAGCUGUCGUGGUGCCAUCCAUGCUCCUUUUGCAGGCAGGAGGCUAUGGUGUUGAGAAGGGGGUCCCGACCCUACUCAUGGCUGCUGGCAGCUUCGAUGACAUUCUGGCCAUCACCGGCUUCAACACAUGCUUGGGCAUGGCCUUUUCCACAGGCUCCACAGUUUUUAAUGUCCUCAGAGGUGUCUUGGAGGUGGUAAUUGGUGUGGCAACUGGAUCUCUUCUUGGAUUUUUUAAUCAGUAUUUUCCAAGCAGUGACCAGGACAAGCUUGUGUGGAAGAGGGCAUUCCUGGUUUUGGGGUUCUCUGUGCUAGCUGUGUUCAGCAGUGUGCACUUUGGAUUUCCUGGAUCAGGAGGACUGUGCACAUUGGUCAUGGCUUUCCUUGCAGGCAUGGGAUGGAGCAACAAAAAGAUUGCUGUUAGUGUUAUUUUGAAUCAGCAACUAAAUAUGAGAUAUUUUGUUAUUUCUAAAAAUGAAGUAUUUCUUUCAGGCCUUUGUGUUGCCACCUUGGGCAUUGCAGUAUUGAUACGAAUUUUGACUACAUUUCUGAUGGUGUGUUUUGCUGGUUUUAACAUAAAGGAAAAGAUAUUUAUUUCUUUUGCAUGGCUUCCGAAGGCCACAGUCCAGGCUGCAAUAGGAUCUGUGGCUUUGGACACAGCAAGAUCACAUGGAAAGAAAGAGUUGGAAGAAUAUGGAAUGGAUGUGUUGACAGUGGCGUUUUUGUCCAUCCUCAUCACAGCCCCAAUUGGAAGUCUGCUUAUUGGUUUGCUUGGUCCCAAGCUUCUCCAGAAAUUUGAACAGCAAAAUCAAGAUGAGGUUCAAGGAGAGACUUCUCAACCAGUUUAGAGACUCUUAAGGUCGAGAGCCGUCCCCAAUUCCUGCAAGCAAAAGGAAGCCUUGGAAUUCCAUUAGAGGAACUUGAUGGACCACUGUGUGGACACAAACCCCAAAACUUCUGGACCCACCUUCAACCAAAUGGAUUUCAUUUGAAAAUCUCCUCAUAAGAUUUCAUGAGCAAAAAUUAAAAGGUUUUAUUUUGAUAACAGUA